AAUCAAGUAAAAUAAAAAGGAAAAGAAAAAUGUUGAUCAUUGAGCUUCAUGUUCAGGUUCCUAAUUGAGAAGAUUCUUUCAUUCCUGGACUGGCAAAACAAGCUUAUAGUAGUGCGCUGUGACUACUUCAUUUAUGUAGGUUAUUCACAGCUGCUGACAGUGAUGAUAUCUCCACAGCCAUACAGUGCAUCAACAAAGCAAGGCCGUGGACAACAUUUGUGGCCGUUGGUUGGGGCUAUGGUGCUAAUAUGUUGACAAAGUACUUGGCAGAAGUUGGAGAGCACACACCUCUAACAGCUGCGACAUGCAUAGACAAUCCUUUUGAUUUAGAGGAGGCUACAAGGUUCUCCAUGCAUCACAUUGAUUUUGAUCGGAGUCUCACGAGUGGGUUCAUAAGUAUACUGCAUAGAAACAAGGAAUUAUUUCAAGGUCGUGGAAAAGGAUUUGAUGUUGACAGAGCUUUGUCAGCCUCAUCCAUUCGAGAUUUUGAAAAAGCAGUAUCCAUGGUGUCUUAUGGAUUUGAUUCCGUUGAAGAUUUCUAUGCAAAAUCUAGCACGCGAGAUGUAGUUGGCAAAGUGAAGAUUCCUGUUCUUUUUAUACAGGUCUUAUUUGAUUUCUUUGAUGAUAAACUNAUAUAUAUAUAUAUAUCUGAUAUAUAA